AUGUUGGGAUUUGACUUUGACAUUAAUGCGCUAGCUGGAUUGAAUGAAGAAGUUAAAGAAAGAGGAAUGUCCCAACUGAGCGUCCCUAAGUCUGGAUUCAAGAUCCCUGACCUCAGCAUUCUAUCAAAGAUAAAGAGAAGAUUGGUAGGAGAACAAGAACAUGAAACUAGUGUUGCUGUGGAAAUGGCCGAUACUCAGGUUAUUCCAGAUUUAGACUUCAGUAGCUCAAUUCUUAGUAAAGAGACUCAGGAAGUCCAGAGGUUACCACAAUUAGAAAUUGAUUUGAAUAAUGACGAAGACCACGAAUUCAUUCCAUCUGCACCACUCACAGCACAACAACGUCAGGAACGAAUUGCCAAAUUGGCAGAAAAAAAGAGACAGCAACGUCUCGCUGCUCAACAGAAGGAACUCGAAAACGAAAUCACAAGAACUUCCUUAACUGAUGAUGAACAAGACUUGAACGAUAUCAAUGAUUCAGUGGUGUCCAAUAUAAAUACAACUGAGCUGAAGGGUGUUUCUGCCAAAGAACUUGAAGAGUCUGAAAUGUUCCUUAAUGAACAAAGAAGACAACAAGACUUACGCCCUGAGUUUCAAAAGAAAACCACCUUCUCUAAGUCGAUGUUGCUUGAUGCAUUCGAUGAAAGUGACGAAGAUCAACCACAAAAACCAUCUUCAUCGCCAAUAGGACUCAGAUCCAACAACCCCAAGUCUAGCCCCAUCACAUCCCCUGUCCAAUUGCACGCUAAACCACUAGGAGAUAAGGAAGAAUCUGAUACAGACGACGAAUUAAAUGUUCUUGAGUUGAUAAAACGGCCUGCUAUGCCAGCAGCUUCCAGCACACAAACCAGAAACCCAAUUGAAAUAUAUGCCCAGAAGCUCAAGGCUCAGCUCGCUUCAUCUCCAAUAAGAUCUAGUGAUAAUGAAGAUGAUGCUCAUGCCACCAAACAAAAGUUAAUCGACUUGGACGACUCAGACUCUGACAUCGAUGUCCAUUCUUCACCACUCAGACGAAUGAAUGUAAAACCAGAUCACAAGUCAAAACCGUCUUUCGAAAAGAUCCCAGAAUUGUCCAAGGAACAGAAAUUGACCAUCAAACAAAAAUUCUCAAAGAAGAAGAUCAUGUCAUCUGGCCAUAUUACUAAAAGCUUUAUGAUCAAAGGGCUCCAGAAACAGAACAACAUCGCCAAAGAGUCAAAAGAAUUCUUGCUUAACUUGCUGAGAGUUAAUGUGCACCAGUUGAAGGCCAACAAAUUGAACAAUCCUGAGCAUGCCAUUCUUGAAGAAAUGGAAAAAGAGGAGGAAAUCAUGGGUUCAUUGUUGGAAAGAGAAAUGGAACGAGCACGUAAUAUCAGAAGAAAGGAAAAGCUCAAGGAGAGAGCCAAGUUAGCUCUAUUAGGCAAAUUGGCGAAUGAAGAUGAAGAUGGUGAGUAUAUUCACUCUGGAGCGGACGCAGGUGAAAUACCGGAAUCUGAUUAUGAAAGUGUUCCAGAUUCAGAGUCUGGUAGUGACAUUGAUGAUGAAAGCUCCCAGAGUGAUGAUGAAAAUGAUAUCAAUGAAGUUGAUAAUGAUACAAAUAUAGAAGUCAAGAGAAAGUCGAGAUUGGUUAUUUCUGACGACGAAGAAAACGAAGAAGAACUUAGUCAAACAAUCAAUGAGCUUCAAAGAAGUGACGAUAGCUAUAUGUUUGGAAGUAGAAACGAAGAAGGAAAUGAUGACUCGUUGGGUCUUGACCGUGAUCAACUUAUAACUACUGUGACAUCUCAAGAAAUCAAGAAGGUCUUCGGAGAAGGUGCUUCGUUGACUCAGGCAUUCAAUACAGGGUCUCCAGUGUCUAACCAAACGAAUAACACUGUACCAUUCGCUAACAAUGAAAGCACCAUUGACCAAACAGAAGAACUGAACGAACAAUUUUCCACUGCUAGAAGUGAUGAAUAUCAGCUAUUCCAAAACCUCCAGCCAAGAACAGCUAACUCUCAAACUUCUCAAACUUCUGAGAUGAACUUGUCGUUUGUUCAUACGAAGAAAAUUCCUUCUUUCAGAGACAUUAGUGAGGCUAACACUCAAGAAAGCACGCCGCCAGAUUCUACUCAGAUAGACUACCCAACUGAAAUAGACGCGAUAACACAAAUUCUUUCUAAAGAGAUUGAUGAGGAAGAAGACGAUGAUGAUAUCACUCCAUUCAGUGUGAGAAGAGGAAGAAAGAAGAUGAUAGAACUGAGUACAACACAAGAAGCGGAAGCUGUCAAUGAUGAAAAUGACAAGUCUACAGAAGAGGAUCAAGAGAACAUGAAAGCUCAAAUCAAGAUGUAUGAAGACAAGAUCAGAAGAAAGGAGUUGAAGAUGCGUAAGAAGCGUAAGGAGUUGGAGAGGAAGGGUAUCAAGAAUAUGGUCGAUGGAGAAGCUGAAGAGUCUGAAGAUGAAUGGAAAGGCAUUGGUGGUGUUGAUGGAGAAGUGUCUGAUCAGGCGAAUUCGGAAGAUGAAAAGAUGAUUGACAAUAACUUAUUUAUUGACUUGAAGAACGAUGAAAUCAGAAACAAAUUCAUGCAAGAAUACCAGAUUAAGGACCAAAAAGAGUUGGAGAAGUUGCUUGACGAUAUCAAGAAUCACAGAUUGUCCAAGAGAGCAGCUGCCAAUGACUUGGAUAUAGAGUUGAGCGAUGAAGAUGACGAGUUGUUGCUUGCCUAUCGAAGGCAGAAGUUGAAGGAGCAGCAGGAAAGAUUGCUUCAAAACAAAAAGAUACAGGCAUUGUCGAAAGAUGAAAGGGCAAAGGCGUUUUUUGCAUCCAUUCAAGAUGAAGAUUCGGUUAUCAAGAUUGACGAUGAUGAAGAUGAAGAUGAAGAUAAUGCCAGUGUUCAAGAACUGGCAAGCGCUUCCAAGUCAACAGAAGGAGAAGAGCAGUCUGGUGAAGACGAAGAUUCGCUCGAUAAAGAAGCUCCUGUGAAGCCAAUUUUGAAGAUUGGAGAAGCAUUUGUCCACAAGCAAUUGUCAUUCCUCACAAAUGCAAACGACGAUUACGAUAAUUUGCAGAGAAUGUCCCGUUUCCAACAUGGAUUUGAGUCGUCAGAUGAAGAAGUAGAAGACAUUAAGUCUUUGAAAUUGAAAUGUUUAAGCAAUCUCACAAGCAAAAGAUCAGAGGAUUCCGGUGUAACCAGCGACUUAUCGAGAAAGAGAUUUCGUGAAUCUGGAGACACUGAUGUUGAUGAAGAUGGUGAAGAUGACGACGACGAUGACGAGUUUAUGCCCUCGUUCAAGAAGCCCUCGGUAGUUAAGUCAUUCAAGUCAUUCCAGGAACAACAGGGAGUUCUCAUCAAAGAUGGUAAGAAGCAUUUUUCAGGGGUCACUAUCAGCAACCAGUAUAAGCAGGUAGCAGGCUCAAAGGCAUCUAUCUCGUUCUUGCAGAGAAAGAAGCAGGCUAAACAGGUCAAGAGUUUGAAAGAGAAGCAAAUUGAGCAGAGCAUCAACAACUCUAAGCUCAAUUCCCGUUUGUUUUCCAACAAUGGUUUUGACUAG